AUGGGGAAGAUCAUCUUCUACGAGGACAAAAACUUCCAGGGUCGCAGCUACGAGUGCAGCAACGACUGCACGGACCUUCACUCCUACUUCAGCCGCUGCAACUCCAUCAGGGUGGACAAUGGCUGCUUCAUGAUCUACGAGCGACCCAACUACAUGGGCCACCAAUACUUCAUGAAGAAGGGAGAGUACCCGGACUAUCAGAGGUGGAUGGGCUUCAGCACCUGUAUCCGCUCCUGUCGCAUGAUUCCAGCAUACCGAGGCUCGUACAGACUGCGUAUCUACGAGAAGCCUGACUUUAGCGGGAACAUGAUGGAAUUCAUGGACGACUGUCCCUGCGUGUCCGACCGUUUCCACCACCGCCAUGUCUACUCGUGUAACGUCAUGAACGGCUACUUCGUCUUUUAUGAGUAUCCCAACUACAGGGGGCGACAGUACUUCCUUAGACCCGGGGAGUACCGGAAGUAUCGGGACUGGUGUGCUACCUGCGCCAUUGUCGGCUCCUUCAGAAGGGUGACUGAGUUUUGAGCUACUGAAGAAUUCUUGCUGUAAAUAGAAAGCCCUCUGUUUUAUUAAAGAUGUUACAUUUUUAACCCGCCAUGUUGGUGUCUUUCUACAUUAUUUUUAAAAAAUAGUGACAUGGAAAUGUGUAAUUUUGUCCUGUCAUUACCUGGGAAAUGUUUGAAUCCGUAGUAUUUAUCUGGUUACUAUGAAUAAUAUGAUUAAAAUAUAGAACAGUUUGGUUUAUUUGCAUAUAUUCGUUCAUGAUAUAUUCAAAAUACAUACAUGAUACAUUGUUAAUAUAUAUGUAUAAAUACAUAGAAAUAUACACGUAUGUAUGUUUUUUUAUUUUUUUAUUUAAUUUUUAUUCAGGCAUUUAUCAUGCAUAAGUGCCUGAUAAAUGACC